CUCAACUAGUAGCCUGUGAUUUUAAUGUAGAGUCGACUUCAUUGUAACUUCACCCAUUGGCCCCAGUUUUUUCACUUCCCUCGGGCUGAGAACAACUAAACUUCCUAACUUUUCCAACGUGAAACAAAAGCGAACAAAUAAAAAUCUAUUUUUUCCAAAACAAAAACGUUAGAAGAAAGCGAGAACCCAACGAAAACGAUGGAUCCGAGCAAGCUGAAGAAGAUGGAGGACGUGGUGCGCAUCGGGGGCAAGGGAUCGGUGCGCCGCAAGCACAAGCACGUCCAGUCCUCGCCGGCGCUGGGGGAGAAGCGCCUCCAGGCGACCCUGGCCAAGCUGCCGCUGCAGGAGGUGCCCGGCAUCCAGGAGAUCACGCUGGAGAUGAACGACUCCAGCGAGAUCCUGCUGAUGAGCCCCAAGGUCCAGGGCUCGGUGGCCAGCAAUGUGUUCGUGCUUAGCGGGGACUUGGCCCACUCCAACCCGCCGGUUUCGAAGCCGCCGGCUAGUGCCCAGCACCUGGCCAGGUCCAGCCAGAAGCCGCCAGCCCAGGUGGCCAAUCAGGUGGCCAAGAAGCCCAAGAAGCCGCGCAAUCGCAUUCGCUGUCGCAACAAGAGGGCCCAGAACAUGCUCGCCCAGGCCGAGGAGGCGGGCAAAAACGAGGCCGAGAAGGCCAAGCAGGAGCAGGAUCCCCAGGCAGGCGGGGAUUCUCCAGCCAAUGAUGCCGACGACGAGGUCAUCGAAGAGGUCGUCGAGGUCAUCGAGGUCAUCGAGGAGGUCGUCGAGGUCAUCGAGGAGGUCGACGAGGACGAGGAGUAUUUCUCCGAGGUGGGCUCCAACCUGAGCACCGAUUCCGACAAGACCAAGGUCCCCUCGGAUGGCUCCGACAUGGAUCAGACCAUCGUGGGCGAUGACGACUCCCUGGGCAGCUGGGAUGCCCCCACUUCUGGCCACACUUCGGACCCCAACCAAGCUGACAAUGAGUUUGAGGACUGGGCCGACGACCUCUCCGAUGAUGACUACCCGGCUGAGGUGCCCCGUCCGGGCACUCCCCGUGGCCCCUUUUCCGAUGAUGAGUUCGACAGCCACACUCCCAUGAAUCUCUACACCGAAUCCUCCGACGAAGAGGACACUAUCCAGGUCUAGACCCAAACAAUCAUCGACUGUCAGUAUUAAGUACGUUGGCUAAAUGCAAUGAAAGUAAUGCAUUCAAGGCCUAACUCGAUUUGUUAUUCAUUUUUAAAAGCAACUUGAUAUGUUUGUAAGUCAAAAAUUCAAUAACAAAUCGAAAAAUCCUCUGUGAAAGAA